GGGCUGGGAUGGGAGGGGAAGAGGCCAGGGGCAGGCAGCAAUGUGCUGCACGCUCAGAGGAAGCACGAGCAGCACUGCCCAUCGAGGGACAGCUGCCACUGGCUGGGUACGGUGCGUCCACAGCACUAACAUGGGCACUGCUGUGAGAAUGGCAUCUGCUAGGAGGACAUGGACCCUGGGCUCUCCUGGCACUUACCUGGGCAUUGCUGCCAUCACAUGGGGCAUGGUGCUGUGGGUGGAGGUGGGUGCCUGGACGUACCACUACAGUGACCAAGGGGACUACACAUGGGAGCAGGCCAGGAAUUACUGCCAGACCUUCUUUACCGACCUGGUGGCAAUCCAGAACCAGCAGGAGAUCGAGUACCUCAACAGGAGCCUGCCCUACCAUGGGCGCUACUACUGGACUGGCAUCCGCAAGCUGGGAGGCAUCUGGACCUGGGUGGGCACCCAGAAGGCGCUGACCAAGGAGGCGGAGAACUGGGCAGUUGGGGAGCCCAACAACCGCCGCUCCAACCAGGACUGCGUGGAGAUCUACAUCCAGCGGCCGCAGCAGUCCGGCAAGUGGAAUGAUGAGCCCUGCAGCCGGAAGAAAAAGGCGCUGUGCUACCGGGCCUCCUGCCAGCCCUUUUCGUGCAGCCAGCAUGGCGAGUGCGUGGAGACCAUCGGGAGCUACCGCUGCAAGUGCUACCCUGGCUUCCAUGGCCCUGAGUGCACAGAUGUUGUGCAGUGUGCCAAGCUGGAGCCCAAGGGAGUGCCCAUGAACUGCAGCCAUCCCUAUGGAGAGUUCAGCUACAAUUCCACCUGCAAGUUUAGGUGCCACGAGGGGUUUGAGCGGCAAGGGGCGGGCAUGCUGCAGUGCCUGGCUUCCCAGGAGUGGUCAGCAAACAUCCCCAUCUGCACAGCCAUCACCUGCCCAGUGCUCAGUGCUCCAGACCAGGGAGAGCUGAACUGCUCCCACCUCCAUGGGGACUUCACCUUUGGCUCCACGUGUGCCUUCUCCUGCCAGACAGGGUUUGUGCUGAUGGGGCCGGAGAGCCGUGAGUGCACAGCCACAGGGACAUGGACAGGGGAUGCCCCUCACUGUGAAGCCAUUGUCUGUCCAGGGCUCAGUGCUCCAGACCAGGGAGAGAUGCAUUGCUCCCACCUCCAUGGGGACUUCACCUUUGGCUCCACAUGUGCCUUCUCCUGCCAGACAGGAUUUGUGCUGAUAGGGCCGGAGAGCCGUGAGUGCACAGCCACGGGAACCUGGACUGGGGACACCCCACACUGUGAAGCCAUUGCCUGUCCAGUGCUUAGAGCACCAGACCAGGGAGAGCUGAACUGCUCCCACCUCCAUGGGGACUUCACCUUUGGCUCCACGUGUGCCUUCUCCUGCCAGAUGGGGUUUGUGCUGAUGGGGCCGGAGAGCCGUGAGUGCACAGCCACAGGGACAUGGACAGGGGACACCCCACACUGUGAAGCCAUUGCCUGUCCAGUGCUCAGUGCUCCAGAAAAAGGAGAGAUGCAUUGCUCCCACCUCCAUGGGGACUUCACCUUUGGCUCCACAUGUGCAUUCUCCUGUCAGAAAGGGUUUGUGCUGAUGGGACUGGAGAGCUGUGAGUGCACAGCCACGGGGACCUGGACUGGAGACACCCCACGUUGUGAAGCCAUUGCCUGUCCAGUGCUUAGAGCACCAGACCAGGGAGAGCUGAACUGCUCCCACCUCCAUGGGGACUUCACCUUUGGCUCCACGUGUGCCUUCUCCUGCCAGAUGGGGUUUGCGCUGAUGGGGCCAGAGAGCCAUGAGUGCACAGCCACAGGGACCUGGACAGGGGAUGCAACAAGAUGUGAAGCCAUCAGUUGUCCAGUUCUCAGUGCUCCAGACCAGGGAGAGAUGCACUGCUCCCACCUCCAUGGCACCUUCACCUAUGGCUCCAAAUGUUCCUUCUCCUGCCAGACAGGAUUUGCCUUGGUGGGGCUGCAGACCCGUGAAUGCACAGCCACGGGGACCUGGACUGGGGACACACCACACUGUGAAGCCAUCUCCUGCCCAGUGCUCAGAGCUCCAGACCAGGGAGAGCUGAACUGCUCCCACCUCCACGGAGAUUUCACCUUUGGCUCCAUGUGUGCCUUCUCCUGCCACACGGGGUUUGUGCUGUUGGGGCCGGAGAGCCGUGAGUGCACAGCCACGGGGACAUGGACAGGGGAUGUUCCACGCUGUGAAGCCAUCAAAUGCUCAGCACUGACUACACCGAAGAUGGGCCAGGCUGCCUGCUCCCAUUUCCAUGGGGAUUUCACCUUUGGCUCCACGUGUGCCUUCUCCUGCCAAGCGGGGUUUGUGCUGAUGGGGCCGGAGAGCCGUGAGUGCACAGCCACAGGGACCUGGACUGGGGACCCCACACAUUGCAAAGCCAUCAGCUGCCCAGUGCUGCCCCCCCCUAGCAGAGGCCAGCUGAGCUGCUCUCAUGUGCACGGGAACUUCACCUACAACUCCACGUGCACCUUUUCCUGCGAGGAGGGGUUUGUUCGGAUGGGAGUAGAGAUGCUCCGGUGUGAGGCCACAGGGAACUGGACCAGGGAUCCCCCUGUCUGUGCAGAGGAUGGUGCCUUCCUAAAGCAAGUCCUGGCUUACAGCAGCGGCUCAGCCCUGGCAGUAGCUGGUGUUGUGCUCUCUGGGGGGCUCAUUGCCCUCCUUGCCAAGAGGCUCAGUGACAGAGAGGAGAAGAGGAAGCUCCUGAAACCCACCAGUGACCUGGGAGCACCAGGAACCUUCACCAAUGCAGCAUAUGAUGCCAACCUGUGAGGUGAGGGCAGCCUGCCCAAGACUGAAACCCAGCAUGUCCUCCAGGGCUGCAGGCCCAGCAGGGGCUGCUGCUGGAGCACAGAGGGACUCCGUGCCUGUGGUUGUAGCCUGAAGUAGCGCUGCCCCUGGACACUGCCACCAUGCUGUGUGUGUAGCUUUCUCCUGGAAGGGGAGUUGCCUCCAGUGCAGACAGCUGGAGACCCACCGAGGGCCAAGAGCCACAUGCUGGGAGCAGCCUGCCCCUCAGCCCUUGGACAUUAUCCCACCAGGAAUUUGGACAUUCCCCAGUACUGCUCCACUCGUGCUUCCACCAAUGACCUUGUGUCAGCAGAGUCUGAAUAAACACCUUUG